UGUCUGACACUCCUCUCUGCACAGGGUCGGUCUGGGGUUCUAGCAACUGGCACCAGCCCUCCCGGCCCAUCCCCCACCUGCCCCGGGGAAGAUGCCCGAGCAAAGCAAUGACUACCGCGUGGUGGUGUUCGGGGCGGGCGGCGUGGGCAAGAGCUCGUUGGUGCUGCGCUUCGUGAAGGGCACGUUCCGUGACACCUACAUCCCCACCAUCGAGGACACCUACCGGCAAGUGAUCAGCUGCGACAAGAGUGUGUGCACACUGCAGAUCACAGACACGACAGGCAGCCACCAGUUCCCAGCCAUGCAGCGGCUAUCCAUUUCUAAGGGCCAUGCCUUCAUCCUGGUGUUCUCUGUCACCAGCAAGCAGUCACUUGAGGAACUGGGGCCCAUAUAUCAGCUCAUUCUGCAGAUCAAGGGCAGCGUGGAGGACAUCCCCGUGAUGCUGGUGGGCAACAAGUGUGACGAGACACAGCGGGAGGUGGACACACGUGAGGCCCAGGCCGUGGCCCAGCAGUGGAAGUGCGCCUUCAUGGAGACCUCAGCCAAGAUGAACUACAACGUCAAGGAGCUCUUCCAGGAGCUGCUCACACUGGAGACGCGCCGCAACAUGAGCCUCAACAUCGAUGGCAAACGCUCCAGCAAGCAGAAGAGGACAGACCGCAUCAAGGGCAAAUGCACCCUCAUGUGAGACCAGAAUGCCACCUGCCAUCCCCAGUCCCUGAUGCCUCCCCACACC